AUGGGCUAAAAGUAAAGUAACUUGCCAAACUUCCAGGGAGGUCUAAUUUCUAUUGAGUUGAAUAAGUUCAAUUGGAUAUCAGGAGAGAAGCUUACAGGCGUUGUUAAUCUUUAGAUGAGAGAUCCUUUUACUACUGACAAGAUUGUCCUUAGAUUCGUAGGUUAAGAGAAGUGCUACUUUGAUUCGGCUGACAAAGGGGCAUCUGCUCAUGGCAAGGGUGACAUCAAAGCAAAAAACUAGAUACAUUUUCAAGAAAUCGUUCUGGAGAGUUUUCACAGAAAUGAGCUGCUACCUGGGGCAUACUCCUAUCCUUUCGCAAUAGACUUGCCCUACUGGCUGCCUUCUAGUUUUUUAUACUGUGGAAUAUAAAGGUGCAUAAUGAAGAUCGAUUAUUUCUUACUAGUUGGGAUGGAAGACUAUUCUAGAUAAUUCAGGCCCCUUUUCCUUAAGAAGUUGGUGAAUAUUAGUUAGCCUCCAGUGAUGAUAAAUCAUAAGGUGAGUAGGUCCAUCUCGCAUGAGGUCAAGAACUUGUUCUUUGUGGACAUGGGCUUGUGCUCUGCUUCUGCUACAAUAGAUAAAGACACCUUUUAGCCAAAUGAGUUGGUCAAAAUAGAUAUGAAGAUAGAUAAUAGCCAUUGCAAUCAAGGAAUCUCAAAGCUCAAGAUGACUCUAAAAAGGGAAGUCAUUUGCUAUUCUUAGAAUGGCAAGAUGGUAUACAGACAUACGGAGAAGAUUGGGGAGAUGCAGCAAGAAGGGUAGCAUGAGAAGUCCUCAUAAAACAGAAUAAUAGCAUUUGACAUGAACUAAGUUCAUCCCAUGAAUACUCAGACUGAUAAUUAUUUGAAGUACACUUAGCUUAUUCCCCAAGAGAUAAAAGGACUAGCUCAGCACUUGGCUCCAUCUAUUAAUACUGUAUUGCUAAAAUGCUUGUAUACUAUCGAGAUUAAGCUGGACCAUGGAUUGCUAUCAUUAGCUAACAGGAUGCCAAGCCUUAAAUUUCCCAUUUUUAUCUAUCCAUCGUCUAUUCCUAAAGGGAUGUAAAUCCAAGACAGAUAUCCAAUAGGUUUUGGUCAAGGCUAACAAAUAUAGCAUGAGAAUCCUUAUGUCAACUUAUAGCAGUCACCAUAUCACUCAAACGUUAUUUAUCAAGAAUAACAAUAUUCACAGCAGCUACCUCCAGGAGUAUCCUAACAGUAUCCUCCAAAUAUCUCUUAACAGUAGCCAUAUCAGUUUGCCUAAUAGCAAUACAAUUAAGAUUAAUUCUAAUCCUCAUCUUAAGUGUCUGCAUCCCCCCAUGUGACUGUCUAGUAGUCACCCUAGGAUUUCAGAGAAAAAGAAGAAUUCAAACAGCAGACACCAAUAGUGAUUCACAACCCUGAAGCAUCCAUGUAGUAAUAAUUCACUAAAGGACAAUCAGCUUACCCUCAUGUUUAGAAUUAUGGAGCAUAUGAGUAAUUUUAACCAAAAUAAGAUUAAAAAUGA